CUAUGACUUGGAGUCGUUAGGCGACGAGUUAGUUGCAUGUUGACGACAGACUCAACCAAGGCAAUGACUGAACCCACUCCUGGGGAGAAUCAGGAGAAUCAAUACCCUAUCUUCGAAUAACAGGAGAUGGGUGUCAACUUGCCGCUUUAAUAAUUUCUGUGUUUGCUUGAUCUUAGUGAUUCACGCCUAUUCUACACUGCACGAUGCCGUCGCUCGAACCCCGCCGACGGCCAAGGGCUGUCUACGAGGAGGACGAGGAUGCCGAACCUUCGCCAGCCACUUCUGACUCUUCGAAAAGACGUAAAAAUGGCAUCAAGGGCCGCGUGGUCGAGGAGGAGGAUCCAGAGGAAGAAGAGGGCGAGGAAGAGCAAAUGUCCGAUGGCUCCCCCGCACCCCAACAUCACAAGCCCGAUGGUUACUCUUCAACGAAUGGCUUUGCUCUCGGUCCAAACGAUUUUCACCCUGGCGCUAUAGUCCGAGUCCGAGUCACCAACUUUGUCACCUACAAGCAAGCCGAAUUUCUUCCGGGUCCUAACUUGAAUAUGGUGAUUGGUCCGAACGGGACCGGCAAGAGCUCUCUGGUCUGUGCCAUAUGUCUCGGCUUAGGUUACCACCCUAAACACCUUGGUCGCGCCAGCCACGUUGGCGAGUUCGUGAAGCAUGGCGAGGAGAGCGCAACAAUCGAAGUAGAACUGCAGAAACGACCGAAGGACCGAGCAAACCAUACCAUUCGCGUCCAGAUAAAUCGGGAAGACAAUGGGAGAAGGUGGUGGCUGAACGGCAAAGAGAGCACCCACAAGGCUAUACAAGAGCUAACGCGGAAACUGCGCAUCCAAAUAGACAAUCUAUGCCAGUUCUUGCCUCAAGACAAGGUCGCCGAAUUUGCAGGCCUGACCCCCACACGCCUCCUUGAAGAGACUCUUCGCGCUGCCGCGCCUGAGGAGAUCCUCGAGUGGCAACUACGGCUGAAGAAUCUACAUAAAGACCACAAAGAGAUGAAAGUUCAGGUUGAGAACUGCGCCGAGCUUCUAAAAAAUCAUGAGUCUCGCCAGCAGGGCCUCCAGGCUGAUGUCGACAGGCUUCACGAGCGUGAAGCUAUACAGAAAAAAGUCGAAGACCUUGAGAGUGCACGUGCUGUCGCUGAGUACAAUGACAAGCGUUCAAAAUAUGGUGAGGCCAAGAAACGAUUGAAGGAGGCAAAACAAAAGCUAGAUGAUUUACAGAAGGCUUGUGGGCCUGCUUUGGAAGCCGUGAAUCAGAAACAGGCAUACCAGGCCCAGAUUGAGCCUGUUAUAGAUGAGCGGAAGAAGGCUCUUCGCGAUGCGGAAGUCGCCGGAGAACAAGCCUUACGCAAAAUUGAAGUAUACGAUGAGAAGAUUAAGAACGAAGAGAAUAAGGUGAAAGCCGAGGAAGACUCAUUGCGAAAUAUCAAGGCAAAUAUCCAGCAGAGACGUAAAGCGCUCACGGAUCUAGAGGCUAGAAUGAAGGACAAACCCCCCGAAUUUGUACCUGCUGAAUGGAACACCAAGAUUGUGAGUCCUCUCUUACAGUAUUUCCUGCUGCCUUGGCUCAUACCUAUUCUCUGAUUUAGCGCCAAAAAGAGGGCAGCUUGCAAGAGAUUCAGGCAGAACGCCGCAUGCUUGAUGAUCGGUUUGACGAGCUCAAGGGUCUCAAC